AUGGCGACGCACGCCUACGAGCCCAUCCCGGCGGGCCCGGGCCAGGCGCCGGGCCAGGCGCCGAGCCGCGCGCGCACGGCGCGGCUCACGACCUUUUGGGUCGUCGUCGCCCUCAUCGGCGUGACGCCCAAGCCCAUCCGCAAGGCCAUCUACCAGGGCGGCAAGUCGGCGACGAUCGGCACGGUGGCGCUGGCCUACCGCGUGGGCCACGCCAUCGAGACCAAGGGCGCGUCGCGCGUGAAGGGCGCCGUCGUCUCCGACUCGUGCUCCAAGUGCGAAAAGUGCGCCGAGGACCUCGAGGAGGUCUGGUCGAACUACGGCACGGCGACGCCGACGGCGGCGCCGACGGAGACGCGGUACUGGGACCUCUACUGGACCGACGGCGCCAUCCCCCGGUUCAACGCGAUCAAGGAGUCGUACGUCUGGACGACGUCCAACGAGUGGGAGGACGUGCACGCGUCCGUGCUCGUCGACACCUACGGCUACGCCCGCGGCGUCGACGUCGACCUCAACGGGUCCGUGGUCUACUUCACCGUCGACGGCUGCAUCGGCAAGGUCCACAAAGAGGGCUACGACCCGGGGUUACUCGUCUGCUACGAGAACGUCACGGACACGCAGAUGGAGGGGCUCGCCGUGUACAACUGGAUGAACCUGCUGUUCUGGGUCGACUACAAGACGGGCUGGCUCUACGCGGCGCAGCUCCACGUCUACGGGCGCACGAUGGACGACGUGCCAAAGUCCGCGACGGUCAGAGGCAACGGCACCUACGUCGAGCUGCGCCGCUUCCGCGACCCCGUGGACGUCGCCGUCGACGAGCGCGCGGGGCACAUCUACGUGUCGGACGCCGACGGCAUCUACAAGAUGGACGAGUACGCGACGGAGGUCGUCAAGGUCGUCGCCGUCUCGGAGAAGCUCUUCGGCUUCAAGGGCAUCGACAUCGACGCCGUCAACCGGAUCCUGUACUUCGUGGCCCACGACGCCAUCUACGGCAACUCGCUCUUCGACUCCAUGAAGAUCGAGAAGCUCUACGACGACCUGGACAAGCCCAUGGGCGUCGCCGUCGACGGCGAGCAGGGGCUCAUCUUCUUCACGGACAUGACGGGCGUCUACCGCGGCGCGACGGCGACGGAGAGCGGCGUCUACUUCUCGACGACGGACACGACGCGCCUGCCGAAGAACUUCAUCUCCCUCGUCGAGGACGCGCGCUUCGUCGCGGUCCUGUCCGAGUCGACGCCGAGCGCCGCGCCGACGGCGCCGCCGUCGCUGCGCCCGACCUACGCGCCCACUGUGCACCCGUCGUUCCACCCGACGACGGCGCCGUCCUACGCGCCCUCGAGCGCGCCGUCCUACCUGCCCUCGGUCGUCCCCUCGGCGUCGCCGACGUACGCGCCGACGACGAUCUGCUGGGCGCGCAUGGAGGGCUGCGGCCUCUGCGACGGCACGGCGGGCUACGAGUGCGCGCCCACGGGCAUGCCGACGCCGGAGCCCUCCGGGACGCCGACGUCCUACCCGACGCCGGGGCCGUCCGUGCCGCCGACGUUCGCGCCGACGGCCGCGCCGUCGCCCGGGCCGUCGGGCCGGCCGUCGUCGCUGCCGAGCCCCUGGCCCUCGUCGGCGCCGUCGUCCAUGCCGUCGCCGCUGCCGACGCCCAUGCCGCUGCCCCGGCCGUCCCUCGUCCCGACGUCCCACCCGACGCUCCACUACUACCGGCCGAGCCCCGUGCCGACGGACGUGCCGACGACGAUGCCGACGCCCCUGCCGUCGGCGCUCCCGUCGCCCGCGCCGACCAUGCUGCCGAGCGCCCAGCCCUCGCCGGCGCCGUCGUCGCCGCCGUCGUCGCCGCCGAGCCGCGCGCCGACGCCGACGCCGACGUCCGCGCCGACGACGUCCGCGCCGACGGCGACCUUUUCCCCGACGCACCACUGGCACCCGAGCGCGAUCCCGACCGUGGCGCCGACGACGUCGACGCCCAGCGUGCCGCCGUCGCCGCUGCCGUCGCCCGCGCCGUCGACGGCGGCGCCGACGGCGAGCCACGCGCCGACGUCGUCGCCGCCCUCGAGCGCGCCGACGUGCUUCGUCGGCGGCGGCGACGCCUUCACGUUCUGCCGCGACCCGCGCGUGCCCGGCUGGGCCGUCGUCGCCGGCGACGUCGUCUUCGGCACGCACUACGCGCGGCGCGACUGCCUCGCGGAGUCGAAGGCGCGCGCGUCGCUCUCCGUCUACGGCUCGCUGAACGCCUACGACGGCACGGACCUCUGGGUCGAGACGUCCGUCGCCUUCGCGAACCUGACGAUGCGCGACACCUUCGUGGCGUUCCGCGUGCAGUCCUGGCCGGACGAGGCGGUCGUCAGGAGCGUGCACGCGGGCUACACGUGCGAGACGGUCACCGACGGCGGCGUCACGCGCCUCUUCCUCCGCGAGUGGGCCAACGGCACGUCGGCGGACCUCGCCAAGUCCGUGCCCUUCGUCUACGACGUCGUCGGCCUCUUCUACGAGCUCGAGGCGCGCGCCGUCGGCACGGAGCUCUUCUGCACGGCGCGGCUGCCCGCGGGCGCGGAGCUCGCGUCCAUCGACACGAUCUCGCAGACCUACGCGAACGGCACCGUGGGCAUCGGCGCGCCGCCGGGGCCCCACUACUGGGGGUCGCUGGACGUGUCCGGGACGACGUUCGGCGCGCCGACGGCCGCGCCGUCCGCGUUCCCCGCGUGCGGGCCGUCCCUCCCGCCGACGACGCUCGCGCCGUCGCAGCUCCCGUCGAGCUGGCCCUCGACCUACGCGCCGACGACGCGGAAGCCGACGACGCUGCCGCCGACGCCGUGUCCGUCGUCCCUGCCGUCGGGCAAGCCGACGUUCGCGCCGACGUCGCCGCCGUCGCCCGCGCCGUCGUCCGCGCCGACGGGCGCGCCGUCGGGCGCGCCGUCCGGCGCGCCGACCGCGGCGCCGAGCGGCCUGCCGUCGGCGAUCCCGAGCGCGACGCCGAGCGCCGAGCCGUCGGAAGCGCCGUCGUCCGCGCCGUCGCCGGCGCCGUCGUCCGCGCCGUCCGGCGACCCGACGAUGACGCCGACGUCGCUGCCGUCCAUCUCCUGCGAGGCGGGGUUGAGCGUCUACCGCGUCGAGAUGCGUGACUCGCUCGGCGACGGCUGGGGCCGGUGCGACUUCGAGAUCGCCAACGCGACGUACCCCUGGGCGUCGCUCGUCGCGGGGACGCUGGACAAGGGCUACGCGGGCACGGACUGGGUCUGCCUCCCCGACGGCUGCUUCCACCUCCUCGUGGCGACGUCCUGCGACUACGGGAAGAACGACGACGGCGACGCGCUCUGGCUGGCCCUCGAGGACGAGGUCGGCGCUGAGAUCGCGUGCGAGGACCCGCCGUGCGAGGACGACUUCUGCGCCGCGGGCGGCGCCUUCUACGACGCGCCGACGCUCGCGCCGACGCUGCCGCCGACGGUGUAUCCGACGCAGACGCCGAGCCUGCUCCCGGAGCCCCGGCCGUCGUCGGAGCCGUCGGGGGCACCCUCCCUCCAUCCGUCGUCCGCGCGGCCGACGUCGAUCCCGAGCGAGGCCCCGACGUCGGCGGACCCGUCGUCCGCGCCGUCCUACGCGCCGUCCCCGACGCCGACGACGGAGGCGCCCGCGGCGGCGCCGGAGCCCUACCCGACGACGAUCCUGCCCACGGCCUGCCCGAUCACGGAGGCGAAGCGCGACCGCCUGCCGACGGCCGUGCCGAGCCACCGCCACAUCUUCCCGACCUACGGGCCCACGUUCUCGCCGAGCGCGCCGCCCUCGGAGCCGCCGUCGUCGACGCCGUCGAAUGCGCCGUCGAGCGCGCCCUCGCCGGCGCCAAGCGCCGCGCCAACGUCGCCGCCGACGCCGGGUCCGUCGAGCGCGCCCUCGGUGAACCCGACGCCCUACCCCAGCGGCGCGCCGUCGCCUUCUCCGUCGUCGACGCCGUCGGAGGCGCCCCUGCCGUCGCCGUCGAAGCCGCCGACGCCGUGCCCCACGGCGUUCCCGACGCCCGCGCCGUCGACCGCCGCGCCGUCCGCCGUGCCGUCGCCGCAGCCGUCCAUCUCCUGCGACGACGGCGACUCGCUCUACCGCUUCGUGCUGGGCUCCGUCGAAGGCGACGGCUGGGGCGCCUGCGGCUUCGAACUGCAGAACGCGACGGGCUUUUCGCUCGCCGACGGAACCCUCGAGUCGGGCGCGCUCGCCAAGACCUGGGCCUGCCUGCCCAACGGCUGCUACAAUUUAUCGGUCGGCCUCGCCUGCGAGCCCAAGGGCACCUACUUUGAGCUCAUCGGCGAGAUGGGCGACGAGCUCGUCUGCGAGCAGCCGCCGUGCGUCGAGGACUUUUGCUUGAGCGACGGGGCCAUCUACGACGCGCCGACGCUCGCGCCGACGCUGCCGCCGACCUUCUACCCCACGCCGACGCCGAGCACGGCGCAACCGUCGUCGAAUCCGAGCCUCGCGCCCCAGCCGCACCCGUCGAAGCCGCCGACCGUGUCGCCGAGCCUCGCGCCGACGGGCGCGCCCACGACGCCACCGUCGGCCCCGCCGAGCGGGACGCCGUCGUCGCAUCCGAGCCGGUCGCCGACGCCGCUGCCGACGCGGGCACCGCUUCCCGUGCCGACAGCUUCGCCCUCGCCCGCGCCGUCGGCGAGGCCGAACGUCGCCCCGACUCCCCGUCCCACGCACGCGCCCACGGCCCCCACGCCAAAGCCGUCGCGCGCGCCGACGGAGGCGCCCGUGCUCACCUACCGGCCGACGACGAUCCCGACGAGCGCGCCGACGUGCGCCGUGCAGGGCGAGACGCUGAACUUCUGCAGCGAGCCCGACUUCCAGGGCUGGGCCGUCCAGUCCGGCCGCAUGGUCUUCGGCGCCGCCGAGGCGGGGCGGCGCUGCUUGGCGAAGUCGUCGAGCCGGGACUACGUGACCAUCUACGGCUCCCACUACAACUACACGGACGACGACCUCGAUAUUCACGCCGAGAUCGCGUUCUCGUCCGACGAACUGACGUCGCACCGCGACAGCGUCGUCGCCUUUCGCAUCGCCGACUGGCCCGAGGAGAACUCCACGGACUUCGCCGACGCGCGCGGCUACGGCUGCAAGGUCGUCAGCCAGGACGGGUCGAACGCGUCGGUGCUGGAACUUCGGGAGUACGGCGACGCCUUUACCACUCUGGCGUCUUCGAAGACCUUCCCCUACGUCUCCGACACCUUCUACCUCGUCGACGUGCGCGCGUCGGACACGGAGCUCUUCUGCACGAUCACGCAGGAAGCGCUGGGCGUGAGCGCGUCCGCGUCCGCGAUCUCGUCGACGUACUCCGCGGGCAAGGUCGGCGUCGCGACGUACCGCGACGACGCCGGGCCCCACUACUGGUCGUCGCUCCACGUCGUCGGCACGGCCGACGGCGCGCCGACCAUGGCGCCGUCGCUCGUCAAGGCCUGCGGGCCGUCGCGCGCGCCGACGUACGUGCCGGACGAGCCGUCGACGCUGCCGUCGCCGCUGCCCUCGACGGCCGCGCCGUCAUCGCUGCCGACGCCCCUGCCCGCGCCGUGUCCGAGCGCGGCGCCGUCCCCUUCUCCCAGCGCGGCGCCCUCUGCCGCGCCGUCGCCGUCGCCGUCGGGCGCGCCGUCGCCCGCACCCACGAGCCCGCCGUCCUACGGCCCGUCCCCCGCGCCCACGUCCGCGCCGUCGUCGUCGCCGUCCUCGGCGCCGUCCGGCGCGCCCAGCGCCUCGCCGAGCGCCGCGCCGUCGCCGGCGCCGUCUCCCGAGCCGUCCAUCGCGUGCCCGACGGGCCAGUACCGCUACCGCGUGCAGCAGUUCGACGCGAUGGGCGACGGCUGGGGCGACUGCGCCUACGCGCUCUACAACCGCACGGACGACGCGAAGGUCAUCUCCGGCAGCCUCCUCGGCGGCUCCUUCGGCGAGACCUGGGAGUGCCUCGCGGACGGCUGCUUCGUGCUGACCGUCGCCCACGAGGACGACUGCGACGACGCGGACGACAUCACCUUCAAGCUCCUCGGCGAGUUCGACGACGCCGUCGUCUGCGAGCACCCGCCCUGCACGGACGAGCUGUGCCUCGCCGGCGGCGCCUUCUACGACGCGCCGACGCUCACGCCGACGCGGCCGCCGACGUUCUACCCGACGGCGGAGCCGUCGGGGCUGCCCACGACGCCGCCGUCGCCGGGCCCGUCGCCGCGGCCGACGGGCCAUCCGUCCCCGAGUCCCUCGGCUUCCCCGAGCGGCGCGCCGGCGCCCCUGCCGACGCGCUACCCGAUCGCGGCGCCGACGACGGCCGCGCCGUCCGAGCUCCCGUCGCCGGGCCCGACGCACAGCCAGAGCUACUACCUGGACCUGCCGACGUCCGCGCCGACGGCGUCGCCGCGCCCGACCUACGCGCCGUCCGCCGCGCCGACGACGGCGAGCCCCAGCGCGCUCCCGUCGCUGCGCCCGUCGUCGGAGCGGCCGUCCGCGCCGCCGACGUCGACUCCGUCGCGGCCGCCGUCGGCCGCGCCGUCUUCGCCGCCGUCGGCGGCGCCGUCGUCGCCGCCCUCGGCCGCGCCGUCGUCGCCCCCGAGCCUCGCGCCCGAGCCCGCGCCGACGCCGACGCCGACGUCGGCGCCGUCGCCCGCGCCCUCGACGUCUCCCACGCAACUGCCCACGGCGAUCCCGACGGCGACGGACCAGCCGUCGUCCGUCAAGCCGUCGCCCGCGCCGUCGCCCGCGCCGUCGGUCUCGCCGUCGCAUUCGCCGUCGCCCGCGCCGUCGCCCGCGCCGUCGGUCUCGGACGCGCCGUCGCCGCUGCCCACGGCGAUCCCGUCCCACUCGGACGCGCCGUCGACGGCGCAGCCGACGGGCCCGUCGCCCCUGCCGACGCACCGGGGCGACACGUUCACGUUCUGCGACCAAAUAGAGGACUGGGAGGUCGAGAGCGGCCGGUUGCUCUUCAACCGGACCUUCGCGGGGCGGAGCUGCGUCAUGGAGGCCGACGACGCCUACAGCGUGAACGUCUACGGCUCCACGCAGGAGUACAGCGGCGAGCGUCUCGUGAUUUCCACGGCCGUCGCCUACCACGCCAAGGUCCUGACGCAGUUCCGCGACUUCUCGACGCUCUUUCGCGUGCAGCAGUGGCCGGCGGCCGCCAACGUCUCCGACUUCUCGGGGGGGCAGUACUUCUGCAUCAUCGCCACGGACCCGGACUCGAACGUGACGGUGCUGCGGCUGCGGCGCCAGUCGAGCAGCGGCUUCGCGCGGACGCUCGCGUCGUCGGCGUCCUUCGAGUUCUACGCGGACACGUACUACGAUCUGACCGUCGUCGCGGAGCAGGAGAAGUUCGGCUGCGCCGUCUCGCGGGACGGGCGGGUGCUCGCGAACACGACUGGCUCGGACGACAAGUACGCGACGGGCUACGUGGGCGUCGCCGCGACGCGGAGCAAGUACGGCCCCCACGUCUGGAGCGACAUCCGCGUCGACGGCACGAUCGUCGACGCGCCGUCGGCGACGCCGACGUCGGCGCCGCCGACGCGCGCGCCGAGCCCGGCGCCGUCGACGGUCCGGCCGACGGCCGUCCCGACGACGCCGCGGCCGUCCUCGAGGCCGACGGCGAGGCCGACGACGUUGCCGUCGUCCGCGCCGACGCUUCGACCGACCCCGGAGCCGUCGCCGGCGCCGACGGUGACCCCCGGACAUCCGUCGGCCGCGCCGGUCUUCGCGCCGACGCCGCGGCCGACGCCGUCGCCGUCGUCCGCGCCGACGCCUCGACCGACCCCGGAGCCGUCGCCGGCGCCGACCGUGACCCCUGGACAUCCGUCGGCCGCGCCGGUCUUCGCGCCGACGCCGCGGCCGACGGCGCCGCCGUCGCCCGCGAGGCCGACGCGCGCGCCGACGGCCGCGGACGGCGACCUCGUCACGUUCUGCGAAUCGAACCCGCUCGACGGCUGGUACGUGCCCACGGGCCGCAUGCUCUUCGGCCGCACGUUCCUCGGCGACGGCUGCCUCAUGCAGAGCGCCAGCGCGGACUACGCGUCCAUCUACGGCAGCGGCCAGGGCUACGCGUCCGACAGACUGCGCGUCGCGACGACGGUCGCGUUCAACGCGACGGUGGACACGCAGUUCCGCGACUUCGCGACCAUGUUCCGCGUGCAGUACUGGCCCCGGGGCAACGUGAGCGAGGUCGACCACAUCCCGGGCUACCUCUGCCGGAUCGACGCGGACCCGGACUCGGACACGGCCGUGCUCCGGCUGCGGGAGCAGCGCGUCAGCGGCACGCAGACGACCAUCGGCGAGUCGGCGAGCUUCGACUUCGAGGCGGGCGUGUUCUACGACGUCCUGCUCGUCGCGGCGGACUCGCGGUUCGCGUGCGCGGUCAAGCGCGGCGGCGUCGCGCUGGCGACGGCCUACGGCGAGUCGACGACCUACCCCGACGGCAAGGUCGGCGUCAUGGGCACGCGGGCCAAGUUCGGGCCCCACUUCUGGGCCGACGUGUACGUCGACGGCGUGGAAAUCUCGCCGUCCGCGGCGCCGACGGCGGCGCCGUCGCGGUCCUUCGCGCCGACGACGGCGACGGAGCACCCGACGAUCCACAAGACGGGCGUCCCGUCGGUCGCCCCGACGCCGGUCUACCCCUACCCGACGGUGGAGCCGUCGCCGGCGCCGAGCCCGCUCCCGACGACGCCGCCCUCGGGCACGCCGACGCCCGCGCCGAGCCCGCUCCCGACGCCGCCGCCGUCGCCCGUGCCCACGUCCAUGCCCACCUCCGUGCCGACGCCCGUGCCGUCGGCGCCGACCGUGAAACCGACGAAAUCGCCGACGAAGGACGGCUGGAUCGACGUCGAGUUCUGCGAGGACCCGCUCGACGACUGGUCCAUCUACUCCGGGUCGUUCCUCUUCGGCGAGUCCUGGAACGGCCACUCGUGCCUCAUGAAGUCGAACGCCACGGACUACUACGCCGUCUACGGCUCCGACAGCUCCUACACGGACGACCGCCUCGUGCUGUCGACGACGCUCGGCUACGCGUCCGAGGACGAGACGCUCGAGCGCGACUUCCUGCUGCUGUUCAGAAUAGACGACGCCGUCGGCGACGUGACGUCGAACGCGGCCUACGCGGGCUACCAGUGCAAGGUGUCCACGGACGCGGCCAGCGACACGGCGGUGCUGCGGCUGCUGGAGGAGAAGACGAGCGGCAAGGAGGCGGUGCUCGGGCGGUCGUCGGUCUUCGAGUUCCUGCCGAACACGUUCUACACCAUCGCCGUCGUCGCCAUCGGGCCCCUGUUCUCCUGCGCGAUCACGAGCGACGGCAGCGGCCUCCUGGCGAACGUGUCCGCGGCGGACCGGUCGUUCGCGUCGGGCCACGUGGCCAUCGGGAGCGACCCGAGCGACCUCGGGCCCCACUACUGGAGCCGCCUCGAGCUGAGCGGGACCGUGUCGACGCCGGAGCCGUCGCUGGCGCCGACGUCCCCGGAACCGAGCCGGUCUCCUACGACGUCGCGCCCGAGCCGGUCUCCCACGUCGUCGCAGCCGACCCGGUCGCCGACGUCUCCGAACCCGAGCCGGCCGCCGACGUCUCCGAACCCGAGCCGAUCACCCACGUCGUCGCACCCGAGCCGGUCGCCGACGUCUCCGAAUCCGAGCGUGUCGCCGACGUCGUCGCGCCCGAGCGUGUCGCCGACGUCGUCGCAGCCGAGCCGGUCGCCGAGCUCCUCCCACCCGACCGCGGCGCCCACGCUCACCCCGAAGCCCACGGCCCACGAGCACACGACCAUCUCGUUCUGCGACGACCCGCGCCGGGACGGCUGGCGCGUGCCGUCGGGCCGCAUGCUCUUCGGCCGCACCUUCAUGGACCACGACUGCCUCAUGGAGAGCCACUCCGACGACUACGUCUCCAUCUACGGCUCGUCCGCGGACUACACGGACGACCGGCUCCAGCUCACGACGCACCUCGCGUACGACGCGACGGACGACUUCUACGAGCGCGACAUGGUGUCCAUGCUCCGCGUGGGCGAGUGGCCGCUGGGGAACGUGACCUACUUCGACGACACGGCGGGCUACGGCUGCAAGAUCGUCACGGACCCCGGCAACGACGUGACCACGCUCAAGCUCCGCGAGUACAACGCGGGCAGCAACCACCAGGCGCUCACGCUCGGCACUUCCGACGAGUUCCAGUUCCAGGUCGACACGUUCUACGAGUUCACGUUCCGCGCGACGGGCGCCGAACUCUAUUGCGAGAUCGCGUCGCUGGGCACCGUGUUGGCCACGGUCUCCGCGGCGUCGACGACGUACGCGUACGGCAAGGCGGGCGUCCUCGCCUACCGCGACGACCUGGGCCCCCACUUCUGGUCCGCCAUUACCGUCGACGGCACGCUCAUGACGCCGUCGCAUGCCCCGACGCCGGGGCCGUCGUCGACCUUCGCGCCGACGACCGAGACCCGGGCGCCGACGCCGAAGCCGACGUCGAAGCCGACCCGCCGCAAGAUGUACCCGCCGGACCCGACGGCGGCGCCGUCCGUGUCGUCCGUGCCGACGCACCCGACGCUCAAACCCACCAAGGCCCCGACGAUCGAGGGCUGGGUCGACGUCGAGUUCUGCGAGAAAGGCGGGCCGCUCGACGACUGGUCCGUCUUCUCUGGAAACAUGCUCUUCGACCAGACCUGGGACGGCGACUCGUGCCUCAUGAAGUCGGCGCCGUCCUCGACGGACUACGCCGUCUACGGCUCCGACGACGUCUACACCGACGACCGCCUCGUGCUGUCGACGACGCUGGCCUACGCGUCCGAGGGCGAGACGCUCGCGCGCGACUUCGUGCUGUUGUUCAGAAUAGACACGACCGUGAGCACGAACAAGGCCGCCUACACGGGCUACCAGUGCAAGAUCUCUACGGAGGAGGGCAGCGACGAGGCCGUGCUGCGGCUUUUGGAGGAGAAGAGCAGCGGCCGCGAGGCCGUGCUCGCGCGGUCGGCCGCGUUCGCGUUCUCGCCGAACACGUUCUACACGGCGGCCGUCGUGGCGGUGGGCCCCGUCUUCUGGUGCGCCAUCACCGGCGACGACGGCCUGCUGGCCAACGCGACGGCCUUCGACAUGUCGUUCAAGACGGGCCACGUGGCCGUCGGCGCCGCGCCGAGCGAGGUCGGGCCCCACUACUGGAGCCGGCUCCGGCUCUCGGGCACCGUCGAGACGCCCGCGCCCACGGAGGCGCCGUCGGCCGCGCCGACGGCCGCGCCGACGGCCGCGCCGUCCGCGGCGCCGUCCGCGGCGCCGUCCGCGGCGCCGUCGGCGCCGCCGACGCCGCGGCCGACGCUCCGCCCGACGCCGCGGCCCUCGGCGGCGCCGACGUCCCCGGCGCCGUCCCUGUCCGCGUCGCCCACGGCGCUCGGCGCCUUCGACGUCGACUUCUGCGAGGACCCGCUGGACGACUGGCGCGUCUACAGCGGCCGCAUGCUCUUCGGCGAGGCCUGGGACGGCGACGACUGCCUCCUCGAGGACGCGUCGAGCGACUACUACAACGUCUACGGGUCCGAGGAGCGCUACACGGACGACUACCUGCUCUUGGAGACGGAGUUGGCGUACGCGUCGUCGGACGCGGGCGGCGAGCGCGACUUCUACGUCCUGUUCCGCAUGCAGUCCCUGCCGGCGGGGAACACGACGGACCUGGCCGCCUACGAGGGCUACCAGUGCAAGAUCUCCGCGGACGAGGACGGCGGGACGGCGGUGCUGCGGCUGCUCGAGGAGAAGUCGAGCGGCAAGGAGGCCGUCAUCGACCGCUCCGCGGUCUUCGACUUCGCGCCGGACACCUUCUACCGCCUGGGCCUCUUCGCGCGGGGCCCGAUCUUCUGGUGCGCGAUCAUGGACGCGGGCCGGCGGCGGCUGAGCGACGACUACGAGGUCCUCGCGAACGCGACGGGCUACGACCGGUCCUUCACGGACGGCUUCGUGGCCAUCGGCGCGGACCCGAGCCUCGCCGGCCACGACUACUGGUCGCGCCUCAUGGUCGAGGGCACGACGCUCGCGCCGACGGCCGCGCCGAGCCCCGCGCCGCGGCCGCUCCCGACGACCGUGCCGACGCUCGUCCCGACGACCGGGGCGAGCGCCGGGCCGACCCGCAAGCCCACGAAGGCGCCGACCUACGCCGGCUGGAUCGACGUCGAGUUCUGCGACAGACCGCUCGACGACUGGACGGUCGCGUCCGGGCGGCUGCUCUUCGACAGCGCGUGGGAGGACGAGACCUGCCUCCUGGAGAGCGCGUCGUCGGACUACUACGCCGUCUACGGGAGUUUGGACGAAUACGACGCCUCGAAGCUGCUCCUGGAGACGCAGCUGGGCUACGCGGCCGAGGACGAGACCGCGGAGCGCGACUUCUACGUCUUGUUCCGCAUGCAGGCCCUGCCGGAGGGGAACACGACGGACCUGGGCGCGCUCGAGGGGUACCAGUGCAAGGUGUCGACGGACGCCGACGGCUACACGGCCGUGCUGCGGCUGCUGGAGGAGAAGAGCAGCGGCCGCGAGAGCGUGCUCGCGAAGUCGUCGUCGUUCGACUUCUACCCGAACAAGUUCUACCGCCUGGGCCUCUUCGCCGUGGGCCCGCUCUUCUGGUGCGCCAUCAUGGACGCCGCCGACGACCACACCAUGGACGACUACGUCGUCCUGGCGAACGUGUCGGGCUACGACAAGUCGUUCACGCGGGGCCACGUCGCCAUCGCCGCGGACCCCGGCGACGCGGGCGCCCACUUCUGGGAGCGCCUCAUGGUCGAGGGCACGGCCAUCGCGCCGAGCGCCGCGCCGACGACGCGCGCGCCGACCGGGUUCUCGCCGACGUCGGGCGCCGACGUCGACGUCGUCUUCUGCGAGGAGCCCCGCGACGACUGGACGGUCUACAGCGGGCGCAUGAUCUGGGACGAGACCUGGGAGGACGCGACCUGCCUCAUGAAGUCCGCGUCGCCGGACUACUACUCCGUCUACGGCAGCGACGACGUCUACGCCGACGACGCGCUCCUCGUGACGACCACGGUCGGCUACGAUUCGUGGAAGAAGACGGUCUACCGCGACUUCUUCAUCCUCUUCCGCAUGCAGGACGUGCCGGCGGGGAACACGACGGACCUGAGCGUGCUCUACGGCUACCAGUGCAAGAUCGUCACGGACGCCGACGACGACACCGCGGUGCUGCGGCUGCUGGAGGAGAAGACCAACGGCAAGGAGGCCGUGUUGGGCAAGUCGCCGUCCUUCGACUUCGAGCCCGACGCCUUCUACGACAUGAUGCUCUUCGCGGCCGGGUCGACGUUCUGGUGCGCGAUCGCGCGAGACGGCGAGGUGUUGGCGAACCUCACGGAGAGCGACGGCUCCUUCGACGCGGGCUACGUCGCCAUCGCCGACGAGCCGAGCGACUACGGGCCCCACUACUGGGCGGACCUGGAGGUCUACGGCACGGUGCUCGCGCCGACGGCGAAGCCGGUGGCGGCGCCCGUCGCGUCCGACGCGCCGACGCCGCGGCCGACGAAGCGCAGCGAGCGCAAGUGGCCGUCGCCGGCGCCGACGGCCUACGUCGCCGCGCCCCAGCCCACGAAGCGCAGCGAGCGCAAGCCCACGGACCCGACCGCGGAGCCCACGCGCUCGCCGUACCCGACGCCGCGGCCGACGAAGCGCAGCGAGCGCAAGCCCACGGACCCGACGGCCGCGCCCGCGCCGGAGCCGACGAAGCGCAGCGAGCGCAAGUGGCCGUCGCCGGCGCCGACGGCCUACGUCGCCGCGCCGCAGCCCACGAAGCGCAGCGAGCGCAAGCCCACGGACCCGACGGCGGAGCCCACGUACUCGCCCUACCCGACGCCGCGGCCCACGAAAAGAAACGAACGCAAGACGGACGACGACGACGGCGGCGGCGAAACGCCGGCGCCGACGCCGCGUCCGACAAAAAGAAAUGAGCGGCAGCCGUCCCCGACGGCCGAACCGACAAAACGGAACCGGGGCUUGCCCCUGGGACCCAAUUCACAGACCCCUUAG